UUAUUUGGAUUGUAGCAUAGAGGCACUAUGUACUCGGAGUGGAGAUCCUUGCAUCUUGUCAUUCAAAAUGAUCAGGGUAAUACCAGCGUACUUCACAGCUAUCCUGAAAACGUGGGGAGAGAAGUGGCAAAUGCAGUGGUGCGUCCUCUUGGACAAGCUUUAAUUACAUCAUCCGUUGGAAGUGAGAGUUUACUAAAAACAGACAAAGAAGUAAAAUGGACUAUGGAGGUGGUUUGUUAUGGACUGACCCUCCCUCUGGAUGGCGAUACUGUGAAAUACUGUGUCGAUGUAUAUACAGAUUGGAUUAUGGCUCUUGUAUUACCUAAGGACUCCAUUCCUUUACCAGUUAUUAAGGAACCAAACCUUUAUGUUCAAAGCAUUCUCAAACAUCUCCAAAAUCUCUUUGUACCAAGGCCAGACCCAGGAUCUAGUCAGAUUAGAUUGUGCUUGCAGGUUUUGAAAGCUGUCCAGAAACUGGCUCGCGAAUCGACAAUUAUGGCAAGAGAAACCUGGGAGGUUUUGUUAUUAUUUCUUCUUCAGAUCAAUGACACGCUUCUAGCAGCUCCAACUGUGCAAGGUGGCAUUGCUGAGAAUCUGGCUGAAAAAUUAAUUGGCGUGCUGUUUGAGGUGUGGUUACUAGCUUGUACACGGUGCUUUCCAACACCACCUUACUGGAAAACUGCCAAAGAGAUGGUGGCCAACUGGCGACAUCACCCUGCAGUAGUUGAGCAGUGGAGCAAGGUCAUCUGUGCCCUUACAUCCAGAUUGCUGCGUUUUACAUAUGGACCUUCAUUUCCUCCAUUUAAAAUUCCCGAUGAAGAUGCUGGUCUGAUUCCUCCUGAAAUGGAUAAUGAGUGCGUUGCACAAACUUGGUUUCGCUUUUUACAUAUGCUGAGUAAUCCUGUGGAUUUGAGUAACCCAGCCAUUAUUAGCUCUACCCCCAAAUUUCAGGAGCAGUUUCUGAAUGUCAGUGGGAUGACUCAAGAACUGAAUCAGUACCCCUGCCUUAAACAUCUGCCUCAGAUAUUCUUUCGUGCCAUGCGUGGGAUCAGCUGUUUAGUGGAUGCGUUCCUAGGCAUUUCACGACCCCGGUCGGAUAGUGCACCACCCACGCCAGUAAAUAGGCUGAGCAUGCCCCAGAACACUGCUAUCAACACCACUCCACCCCAUAACCGAAGGCAUCGGGCAGUGACUGUGAAUAAAGCAACGAUGAAAACCAGCACUGUAACUACUGCACAUACUUCAAAAGUGCAGCACCAACCCUCCUCUACUUCUCCACUCUCUAGCCCAAACCAGACAAGUUCUGAGCCACGGCCACUACCAGCUCCUCGCAGGCCAAAGGUUAACAGCAUCUUGAACCUCUUUGGAUCGUGGUUAUUUGAUGCAGCAUUUGUUCACUGUAAACUUCAUAAUGGAAUAAACAGAGACAGCAGCAUGACUGCAUCUUUUAUCCAAAUUCUUCUUUCUUAUAAAUCUUCUAUAGCAACUCAAGCUAGCGUGGAGUUUCGCCGGAAAGGAUCGCAAAUGUCCACAGACACGGUGGCUUCCAACCCCAUGUUUGAUGCGAGUGAAUUCCCAGACAACUAUGAAGCGGGAAGGGCAGAGGCAUGCGGGACACUGUGUAGGAUAUUUUGUAGCAAGAAGACUGGGGAGGAAAUAUUGCCAGCUUACCUAUCCCGAUUUUACAUGCUUUUAAUUCAGGGUUUGCAGAUAGCAGAUUUCAUUUGCCACCCCGUUCUUGCCAGUGUUAUUUUAAACUCCCCUCCUUUGUUCUGCUGUGACCUGAAAGGGAUUGAUGUCGUGGUUCCUUAUUUCAUUUCGGCUCUUGAAACUAUUUUACCUGACAGAGAACUCUCAAAGUUUAAAAUCUAUGUAAACCCCACAGAGCUAAGAAGAGCUUCGAUUAACAUCUUGCUGUCUCUGUUGCCUCUCCCUCAUCACUUUGGAACCAUAAAGUCUGAGGUUGUCCUGGAAGGGAAAUUCAGCAAUGAUGACAGCUCAACAUAUGAUAAGCCAGUAACCUUCCUUUCCUUGAAGCUGAGGCUUGUGAAUAUACUUAUAGGAGCUUUGCAAACGGAAACAGAUCCCAACAACACUCAAAUGAUACUAGGUGCAAUGUUAAAUAUUGUUCAAGAUUCAGCACUGUUGGAAGCCAUUGGCUGUCAGAUGGAAAUGAACGGUGGUGAAAACAACCUCUUUAAAAGCCACAGUCGUACUAACAGUGGCAUUAGCACUGCAAGUGGAGGCAGUACGGAGCCCACAACACCAGAUAGUGAGAGACCGGCACAAGCCCUUCUGAGGGAUUAUGCUCUUAAUACAGAUACAGCUGCUGGACUACUGAUACGUAGUAUUCACCUGGUAACCCAAAGACUCAACUCACAGUGGAGGCAGGACAUGAGUAUCUCUCUGGCUGCACUGGAGCUUCUGUCUGGACUGGCAAAGGUGAAAGUGGUGGUUGAUUCCUCUGAUCGGAAGAGAGCUAUUAGUUCAGUGUGCAGCUACAUAGUGUACCAGUGCAGCCGCCCAGCCCCGCUCCACUCCCGUGACCUUCACUCCAUGAUCGUUGCAGCUUUCCAGUGCCUCUGCGUCUGGCUCACUGAGCACCCCGACAUGCUGGAUGAGAAGGAUUGUUUAAAAGAGGUACUGGAGAUUGUGGAGCUGGGCAUUUCGGGAAGUAAAUCCAAAAGCAGUGAACAAGAGGUCAAGUACAAAGGAGAUAAGGAGCCAAACCCUGCAUCCAUGAGAGUGAAGGAUGCUGCUGAAGCUACACUAACGUGUAUUAUGCAGUUACUUGGAGCAUUUCCUUCUCCCAGUGGCCCUGCUUCUCCUUGCAGCUUGGUGAAUGAAACCACAUUAAUUAAAUAUUCUCGUCUACCUACCAUAAACAAGCAUAGCUUCCGUUACUUUGUUUUGGAUAAUAGUGUCAUCCUGGCGAUGUUGGAGCAGCCUCUAGGGAAUGAACAGAAUGACUCUUUCCCCUCUGUCACGGUUUUGAUCCGUGGGACAUCUGGAAGAUUUGCAUGGGCCCAGCAACUCUGUCUUUUACCAAGAGGAGCUAAAGCAAAUCAAAAGACUUUUGUACCAGAACCUCGACCAGCUCCUAAAAAUGAUGUUGGAUUGAAAUACAGUGUGAAGCACCGCCCUUUUCCUGAAGAAGUGGACAAGAUCCCAUUUGUGAAAGCUGACUUGAGCAUUCCAGAUUUACAUGAAAUUGUGAAUGAGGAACUCGAAGAGCGACACGAGAAGCUGAGGAAUGGCAUGGCUCAGCAGAUUAUUUUUGAGACUUCCAUAGAUCAGAAAAGUGAAGAGGAGUGGCGGAAGAAGAGCUUUCCUGAUCCGAUCACGGAGUGUAAGCCCCCACCACCGGCACAGGAGUUCCAGACAGCACGCCUGUUCCUCUCUCACUUCGGGUUUCUCUCACUAGAGGCAUUGAAGGAACCUGCUAACAGUCGUCUACCUCCUCACCUGAUUGCACUUGACUCUGCUCUUCCUGGAUUUUUUGAUGACCUUGGCUACUUGGAUUUACUACCAUGUCGUCCUUUUGAUACUGUUUUCAUUUUCUACAUGAAGGCGGGCCAGAAAACAAGCCAGGAGAUCCUGAAGAACAUGGAGUCUUCCAGAAUUGUUCAGCCACACUUCCUGGAGUUCUUGCUGUCUCUUGGCUGGUCUGUUGAUGUGGGGAAGCACCCUGGGUGGACUGGCCAUGUCUCAACAAGCUGGUCAAUCAAUAGCUGCAGUGAUGAAGAGGGACCUGAACAAGAUGACCUAAUUAUUUCAGAAGAUGUUGGGGCAAGUAUCUUCAAUGGGCAGAAGAAGGUGCUGUAUUAUGCAGAUGCCCUGACAGAAAUAGCUUUUGUUGUCCCAUCACCGGUGGAGUCCCUAACUGAUUCACUGGAAAGCAACGUCUCUGACCAAGAAAGUGACUCCAACAUGGAUCUGCUGCCAGGAAUAUUGAAGCAGCAGUCUCUGACACUUGAACUCUUCCCCAAUCAUACAGACAAUCUUAAUCCCUCCCAGCGGCUCAGUCCUACUUCCAGAUCCAAGAGGGUGCCUCAGGGCCGGACCAUUCCGCCGAUGGGACCUGAAACCAAAGUGUAUGUGGUCUGGGUGGAACGUUAUGAUGAUAUAGAAAACUUCCCCCUCCCUGAUCUGGUGUCUGAGACUAGUACUGGUGUGGAAACUACAGCCAAUAGUAGCACUUCCCUAAGAUCUACCAUUCCUGAGAAGGAAGUUCCUGUGAUCUUCAUUCAUCCUUUAAACACUGGCUUAUUCAGGAUAAAGCUACAAGGAGCAACUGGGAAAUUCAAUAUGGUUAUCCCAUUGGUGGAUGGAAUGAUAGUCAGUAGGAGAGCUCUUGGUUUUUUAGUGAGGCAGACAGUAAUAAAUAUUUGUCGGAGAAAGAGGCUGGAAAGUGAUUCAUACAACCCCCCACAUGUCCGCCGAAAACAGAAAAUAGCAGACAUUGUCAACAAAUACCGGAACAGGCAGCUGGAGCCAGAAUUUUAUACCUCACUUUUCCAGGAGGUUGGGCUCAAGAACUGCAAUCCCUAGGUCAUUAUCCUUCCAGGACAAUUAGAUCAGAGCUUGGUGGCUACAGUAAUGAAAACAGUUAAAUAACAACAACAAAUUUCCUCAGCCCUCUGGAAUUCAGGAAAUCAUAUUCUAGCACAAGUCAGCAGAUACCAUGUGGGAGGAAUGAGAAAUGAAUCCAAAACAUUGCAGUUGGGAUAUUGACUUAAUUCACCUACCCUCAAAAGAUUACUUAAUUCCAGUCUUCCUGGAUGCUAGCAACAUAAUCUCUUCACCCAAUCAUCUAUUCCAGACUAAUUAGGAACUGUAAGUUUCUCACUCUGAGAGAGGAAAACAAUCAAAACAAAGCCAUCUCUGCCUAUAAGGAUGGAAAACAAAAUACAAACAAACCUGCCUUCAGACAUCUCGCUACACCCACGUGUUAAAGGAGAAGGGAGCAGAUCUCUCCUUUGAGGAGAGAGUCUGUGUCAGAGCAUUAACUAUCCCUGCAAGAACUUAAAAGACACUUUCAGCCCCCCUUCAGAGCUCAACAGAAGAUCAUUCACUGCUUGCAACCAAUUUGUGUACCAAAGCCAAGAGGAGGAAAACUGCUUGGAAACAUCAGGUCAUGAAAUUCAUAGCCAAGAUGCUGUAUUUUACAGUUCCCUCCAUGGUUGGGAGUGAGUCCAUCUGCAUACGAGAUUUGUCAUGCUGACAACAAACAACACCUGAAAUUACCUGACUUUCCAACAUAAGUUGUUGCUGGAUAAGAGCUCUUGGUUAUACAAAAACAACGUUAUGACUUUCAGGUCUGUUGCAAAAUGUCGCAUUUAAUUUUAGUAGCUUGGGGGUUUUUUUAAUUAAUUUUUAAGCAACUACUUAAUUUAUUUUGAAGUGUCUGUAUCACCUACUCACCGUUUCCAUAAAAAGUGUAAACAUCACUUGCUUUCCUUCCAUUGGAUUGAAAUCUGAGAUUCUGGGGCUGCCUCCUGCCUGAUAUUUAUAGCAUAAGCAGUUUUCGCAGCUUCUACAACACUUUUCAGAAGCUCCUGUUAAACAGACUAAAACAACUCAAAAAGAAAAUUCAAGGAUUCUUCUUUUUCCCCAUUAACUUGCCAUUCCAUGAAAGCCCCUUUGGAAUUAUAACUUAAAAUUGCUUUGAAUCUGCUGUGCAUUCUCAUGCUCAGCAGUGGUGGCUCCCUUUCACCUAGGUCAGACGUUUUCAUUGUCAGACUGUGGAUUUCACGUGUUCAGGACUUGAAGGUUGUGCUGGGAAAAGAUGUUUACAACUACAAAUUUAGUAUUGGGAAUAUAAAAGCUGCAGUGGGCGCUGGCAGCCUUGGGAGCGCUUUCAGGCUCCCAGCGCAAUCUUGACUUGUGUUGCAGUAAUGAAUCAUCGCUGGCGCUCCCGGGUAGGUGCGGUUUGUGAUCACUGGCAGCAGCAUGUGUCCUUUUCCUUCCAGUAAGCAGGUAAUGUAAGACUGAGUGUGAGCAGGAAUUUGGGGAGCUCCUCAUGUUAUUCCAGAAGUGUUUUUAUUAGCUUUUUAAUAUGCAUUGCAGUAAUACCUGUCAGUCAUGUAAUUUUGACAUUUCAGAGUUACUUUUUGCAGCAGUUCUGACCUGAAACAGUCUUAAUUGUUUCAUUACAACUUACCUGCCAAGGACAUACCCUGCUCCUGUCUUUUCAUGUGGUUUUUCACAAAGAGUUAAUGGAAACACAGGCCUCUCAAAAUACAUAUGAAAGGACUUUCAGGAUGUCAACCAAAGGGGUUUUAGGUGAUGUGCUUGUUGCAGGGGACAAGCACACUAGCCUCUCAACUCAGGAGCUCUGGAUUUUGAUCCAAAUGAAUCACAAGUGGAAAAAUGAAACCACAUAAAGAGAACUACUGUAGAAGUAAGCAUGUUGGCUGGCCCACGCUUGCGUGAUGCCCAGGUUGCAAAUGGCAGGAGGAGCCGCAAGGCAGCGUUUGGGUGUAUUGGCAAAGCUGUGAAAGGAAACUUGGACAGCUUCAUCCUCUGCCAAACUCUUGCCAGUAUCAAUUUAACGCACGGACACUAAAUUUACCCACAUUUUGUAUGUACCUAUUGGAUCUAAUUAAUGGCCAAACACACUUUAGUCCACUGAUUUAAAAGGCAUGACCAAUGCAUGUGUAACAAGUAAACAUACUGAGCAAUCAAAUGUCUGCACAUCUUCAAUAACGUAAGAACAAAACCCACAUGGCAUAGCUAAGUGUGUUAUAUGCGAAGUCAUUGGUUCAUGUAGUAAUGAGCUGCAAAAGAUACUUCUUUCAGGCAUUCGGGUACAGUCAGUACAGACGUGUGCAUUUGGGGAAACCCUGGAUAUUUUCUGCAAAGUCCAAGAUAGCCAAAUGGACUGCCUGAAAAUUUACUUUUUAAAAAGGCCUGUGCUUGGCUGAAGAAUAGUCUUGGGUCUGUUUCCAUGUUCAUCGAAAACAUGGGUAUGGCGCCCACUUGAGCGGUAACAACCGUGAAAGCAAUGCAACUUUUCAGAAGUCUUGAAAGACGGUAACUUUUGUGCACAUUGUUGCUGCUGAUCCCACCGCCGGGGGAGUAGGCGUGUAUAACGUGCUUAAUGUGAUUUGUAAAACCAGCUGGUUAACACGUUAGACACUUGUAGUAUGACCUGGCCAUAAGUGUUGGGUGUUGCUAUCUGGGAAGGUGAACCUUCAAGAAAGUCACAGUUUAGUAUAAAAAUGUUGCGAUUACAGAAAUGUGUUGCCAUCCCACUUGGUUUGGAUGCCGGUCGCAGCAGCGAGCGCCCCUGGCAGACCUGUGCCGGUGGAAGGUGUCUGCCAGGAGUGUCCCUCCUUCCCCUGUGCGCGGAGAGGCCUCCGACUUCAUAAGUAAAUGCAAAACACUAAUUUGGGAAUGAAAUCCUUAUCCUGUCGAAGUCAGUGGCCAAACUCCGAUGGCUUCAGCUAGUCCAGGGUACAGCCUUGAGCUUUUUUCCCCAAAAGGGUUAGAGCAAAUGAGAUUUAUUUCGGUUGUGAUUGCAAGAACAUGUUGGUCAAGAAUCCAGACUUCUUUUCAUCACAAACUGCUGUAUUGAGUUUUCAACUUGACAACGUGCGUGGCUUGGGUUUGUGUUUCUGUUCAUCGGAGGUGACGAGUAUUGACCACUUGCUUUGCGCGUAGCGUGACGUCAGUCUCGACUCCGCAGGUAACAUAGUGCUGCAAAAGCUGAGUUGCAAAUGUUGCAUAAUAACUAAACUGAGACUUUCUCUUUUCAUAAGACCUUUCUGUUUGGGUUCGUAAUUCUGCUUUAAAUGAUGGCAUCCUUUUAACGGUGCAGAAAGAGGGGGGACCAUUGUCACCUUGUUAAACACAGUGUUGAAAUUACAGAGAUUUUAGUACCUUAAUACUGACUCUCUUUUAAAGAAAAGCAUUUUUUCUUAAAGGUACUUUUAAAAAAGGCAUUACAACCUUACAGCGAACAGGAGAUGGGAAGGACGGUGCCUGUGGAAACUAAGGUGUCUAUGUGGGAUAGCAGCGUGUGCACGAGGCCAUAGGGAAGAGCAGCCCCUCGCUGCUCGACUGGCUAUACGUGCUGGGUUCUCCAUAGGUGACUGCAUUUCUUUCCUGCGAGGUUCUGCAUGCCCAGAAAGACGAGAGAACUAAAUUUCAGUCUAACAGACAAAUUUGAUGUGAUUUAACAAUUGCAUAAUUGAGUGAUGUCUUUGAAGGCAAACACAGACCUUUUCCACGUGGAUUUUAGCAGGAGCAAUUAGAAAUGAGAAUGCCAGAUAUCAUGUGCUUCAAAUCAUAUACAAUUUGUAUGAAUUUCUGUAUGUUGCCAAGACAUGAUCUUUUUGUUCUUACUGUAUUUUUCUGUAAAUAUUCCUGGCGCUAAGUUGUAAAGUAAAGGCAAAAUGUAAAUAUGAAGAUGUGAACUAUGUUCCCUUGUCUCUAGUACUUUAUCUCUUAUUUGUUUAGGGAAGGCACACAAAGGCUUGUUUGUAUUUAUGCCAAUUCUUUGUCCAGGAGAAACACAUCAAAUAUUGAAUGUAACACAAUUAGUCCAAUAAAUUUUAAAGAUUCUUAUCUA